GUCUGCACGUUUCUUACUGCAGAAUUGCUCACAUUUUCUUCAGAAACUCAUCUCUUCAGGCAAACUCGUUUUCUAUUCCCUUGUCGCAGUGCUUUAGGACAGGUUUCCCUGUGGUAAAACAGUUUCCUUUAUUACUUGUUUGUUUAUAUUAGUAGUGGUUUCCUUCUUAAGGUUAAUUAUUGUUUCAAAGAAAUUGCAAUUUCCUGUUCUGGUGUAGCUUGUUUUCUUCAGAUUUGUUCCACGGCUGUCAUGAUGUCUGUAAGAACAACUUUUGUUGUGAUCUUUGCUUCCAAAGAAAGUCUCCCGUGGUAAGGCAGAGAACUCUGCAAUAACUUCUUCAAACUUUGCCAAGUGAGGCUAUUUAAGGAAGAAGGAGCUAGUGAUUUGUGUCAUGCCUGUUCACGUUGAUGCUUCGGAUGAUGAAGCAAUUGAGAAACCAAGUGAUGAGACAGCAACACAUCAAGGUCCAGAUUCCAAACUUGCUGUGACAAAGAAAAGAAAGAAGCCUAUGGAGUGUUUUCUAAGUCAGCCUGAAGAAACACCGGAGAGCACUCUAAAAGCAAAGAAGCGAAAGAAGAAGAAAAUUUCUGAUGUUCUGGAAAAAUCUCCUCCAAAACCUGGUGUCCCUGAGGAUUUACAGAAUCUGCUUAGUCAACAUUUUGGUACAAAACGUUCAGUGAUUGAGAUAGAGGAAUUAAAACUGCCAGAUUCCUGCUUUUUGCCAGCCAAUGAUCUCACCCACAGUUUUUCUUCAUACCUGAAAGAAAUCUGUCCUAAGUGGGCAAAAUUCCGUAAAAACCACGAGGAGAAGAAGUCGGUGGUGAUGCUGGUUAUCUGCAGUUCUGCCCUUCGUUCCUUGGAACUCAUUAAGUCAAUGACAGCAUUUAAAGGUGACUGCAGAGUUCUGAAAUUGUUUGCAAAGCACAUAAAGAUAAAAGAACAGAUGAAUAUGUUGGAGAAAGGUGUGUUCCACAUUGGAGUUGGAACUCCUGGGAGGAUAAAAGCACUGGUGGAGCAAGAUGGCCUAUGUUUGAACUCCACAAAAUAUAUUAUUCUGGAUUGGAACUGGAGAGAUCAGAAGCUGAGGAGAAUGAUGGAUAUCCCUGAGAUAAAGAAAGAAACAAUUGACCUACUGGAGCUGAGGAUUAUAAAGCUGUGCAGAGAGGGAUCUGUGAAGCUGGGACUCUUUUAAUAGUUUUACCCACAAGGAAGUGAUUUACAGGUGGAUUUUACUUCUGUCCUGUCUGCAAGUGGUCAGUGGUGAUUAAAUUAAGAAUUAGGAUUUUUCAGAGAUAAUUGAUGCAGAAAGAAUGUGAUGUGUAACUUUAUUCUGAGGUUCCUUUUAAUAAUAAAACCAGAAGUGUUAUUUGUA